AUGCUCCUCCUGUUCCACAAUGGACUUCUCUGCCCUGAGAAAGGAACAGUGGGUUCUGAAGCUCUCAGACCCCAUUAUGCACCUGCAGAAGAGCCCCUGACCUUUCGCGUCAUCCAGAUCUCCACCUUUGCCAACCAAAGCUGGGCACGGAAUCAGGGCUCAGGAUGGCUGGGUGACAUUCAGACUCACGGCUGGGACAGCGUCUCAGGCACCAUCAUCUUUCUGAAACCAUGGUCUCAUGGAACCUUUAGCAAGGAGGAUUUGGAGUACCUCCAGACGCUGUUCCAGUUGUAUUUCCGUGGUUUUACCUGGGGAGUACGAACCUUCGCCAGUCAGCUUGCGUUCAAAUACCCCUUUGAGAUCCAAGCGUCUGCUGGAUGCACAGUACACUCUGGAGCUGGUUCUGAAAGCUUCCUAUAUGCAGCAUAUCAAGGAUCAGAUUUCCUGAGUUUCCGAGGAGGCUCCUGGCAGCCAUCUCCAGGAGCAGGGACUCGGGCCCAAAUGGUCUGCAGGUUGCUCAAUGAGUACAGAUAUAUAAAACAACUUGUGCAGAUGCUUCUUAUUGUAACAUGCCCAGCAUUUCUGGAAGGCCUCCUUGCAAAAGGGAAGUCAGAACUGGAACGGCAAGUGAAGCCUGAGGCCUGGCUGUCCAGCGGCCCCAGCCCUGGUCCUGGCCGUCUGCUGCUGGUGUGCCGUGUCUCUGGCUUCUACCCAAAGCCCGUGUGGGUGAUGUGGAUGCGUGGUGACAAGCAGCAGUCACGCACUCGACGAGGUGACGUCCUGCCCAAUGCUGAUGGGACGUGGUAUCUCCGAGUUACCCUGGACGUGGCGGCUGGGGCGGCGGCUGGGCUGUCCUGUCGGGUGAAGCACAGCAGCCUCAGAGGACAUGACAUCAUCGUUCCCUGGGGUGAGGAGCAACGGGGAUCCUGCUGGGAAAUGAGCAGGGGCCAUCGUGGCCUUUAA